AUAUUCUGUUUCUGUUGUUUAUGUUUUGAUCGUAGCUCAAGAUCAUUUUUAGGGAGUGUAGGUGUCAAUGAUUGGAGUCAUGUGUCUGCAAUCCUCAAAGCACACGAAAAUGUUUCAAGUCACAUGUUGGCUUAUCAGUCAUGGAUAGAAACUGAAAAAAGACUUAAUUCUGGAAAAACAAUUGAUAGAGUAGAACAACUGUUAAUUGUGAAAGAAUCAGAGCGUUGGUCAAACGUUUUGAAUAGAUUGAUGAAUAUAAUUCUGUAUCUUGCAGAAAAUAAUAUAGCAUUUCGUGGUUCUUCGGAUAAAUUGUAUACCAAAAACAAUGGAAAAUACUUGGGUCUUAUUCAGUUAUUGGCAAAAUUUGAUCCUGUUAUGCAAGAACAUGUUGGUCGUAUUUUGAAAGAUGAACUGUCAGUUCAUUACUGUGUUAGUCGUUGGCAGAUUUUGAAUGACCAUGUAACUUCUUUUACUCUAAAAAGACCUAGCGACACACGUUGGGAGGCUAAAAUUUCCAGUGUGAAAGCGGUUCGAUACCAAGUUGCAGAUAUUCAUGAUGCACUUAUUUCUCUUUCUGAAAAAGAGGAAAAACAUGACCAUGAAAUUGCACAUGAAGCAAUUACUUUAUCUUGUCAGCUGAAAGAUUUUAGUUUUCUUGUUUCGUUGGUGAUUUGGUACGAUAUACUUUUUCAAGUAAAUGUAGUCAGUAAAUCGAUGCAGAGUCAGAGUAUGGAUGUAAUAAAAACCGUGGAAUUAAUACACGGUUGUAUCAAGUUUUUGGAAGAAUAUAAAAAAACCGGCUUUGAGAAUGCUAUAUCAAGUGCCAAAGAGCUUGCAAAAGUUCUUGAAGGUGUCCCUGAAUUUCAAGCAACAAAAAGAAUACGUUAUGUGAAACGACAUUUUGAUUAUGAGAGUAGAGAUGAUCAAAUUGCUACAACACCUAAGAAACAAUUUGAAGUUGAAUUUUUUAUUACAUUGCUUGACGUAGCUAUUAUGUCCGUUCGAGAGAGAUUUCAGCAACUUAAUCAGCAUGCUGAAACAUGGGGUUUCCUUUACAAGAUAACUGAAUUACCAAAUAGAGAGCAGCUUGAAAAGCACUGCAGUGAUCUCCAGCUUGCUCUGACUACUGGUGAGGAUGCAGAUAUUGAAGGUGGUCCUCUAUGUGAUGAACUGAUCAGUAUCCAGAAGUUUGUAGAAAACAUGGCAAUGCCAACUCCACUCAACAUACUGAAUUUUAUCAAAACAUCAAAGCUAGAAGAUCUAUAUCCAAAUACAUGGGUUUCUUUGAGAAUCUUAUUAACAACACCAGUUUCUGUGGCUAGUGGAGAGAGAAGCUUCUCAAAAUUGAAAUUAAUAAAAACUUAUCUGCGAUCCUCUAUGUCUCAAGAAAUGUUGAGUUCGUUAGCAACCCUUUCGAUUGAAAAUGAUGUAUCUCAAAACAUAGAUUUUUCAGAAUUUAUUAAAAGUUUUGCUAAUAAAAAAUCAAGAAAAGUAGUUUUUUCUUGA